CGUGCUGCACACCACGAGACCACUGCAUACAACUCAGAAGUGUUUGGCUCCUUUGCCACCUCUGCCUGAGAAAGGAGGAGAAGUACGUUACGGUUUGAUCCCUGAGGAGUUUUUCCAGUUUCUCUAUCCUAAAACGGGAGUUACAGGGCCUUACAUGUUGGGAACUGGACUCCUGCUUUACUUUCUCUCUAAGGAAAUCUAUGUCAUUAACCACGAGACAGUUGCCGCCGCCUGCAUUUUAUCAGUCAUCAUUUAUGCCAUAAAAAAAUACGGGUCCGAUGUAGCAGCUUUUGCUGACAAACUUAAUGAGGAGAAAGUUGGUAAAGCCUUAGCUGUGAAAAACGAGGCAAUGAAGGAUCUUGAGACUGCCAUUGAACACGAGAAGAAGGAGCAGUGGCGGACUGAAGGCCGCAGUUACCUCUUUGACGCUAAGCGGAAUAACAUUGCAAUGUUGCUGGAGGCUAAUUACCGAGAAAGAUUACUGACGGUGUAUAAUGAAGUAAAGAAGAGGCUGGACUAUCAGGUGGCUACACAGAAUUUAAAGCGUCAGAAAGAACAAGAUCACAUGAUUCAGUGGGUGGAGAAAAACGUUAUUCAGAGCAUCACGCCUCAGCAGCAGCAGGAGAGUAUUGCCAAGUGCAUUUUGGACCUGAAGGCAUUAUCGAAGGGUGCCCAGGCAGCGGUGUAA